AUGAGUAUUGCACAAGAUGAUUUCAGGCAACCCAAAGAGGUAGUGACCUCGAUGGUUUUCACCAUGGUUCUUAUAACACCAAAGAAGAUAGCUUCGAUCGGUGCUGCCUCUCCACUGCUACACGAUCGAUCAGUGCUGCUCUCCACUGCUUCGAUCGAUGCUGCUCUUCACUGCUACACGAUCGGUGCUGUUCUCCACUGCUACACUCCAAAGCUUCGAGUUUUUCGCUACUUCUACACCAUUGUUGCUACUGGACAGAGAUAUCGUUGGGUUUGGAGGGCUGGUCUGGACUGUGAAGGUUAG